CCCAAAUAUCGCGAGAUGUGAGUGGUAGCUCAGCAGAAGAUUGUAAAUACUGCUGGGGUAUUAUGCCGAAGGAUCCAAGAGGUCGCAGAGCAGAUGGCUGCGCUCACGUUCCCAGCAGUCUCACCAAGAGCCACGGCAGUCUCUGAACUGAGCAUCCCGCUACCAGCCGUCAUCUUACUGGCGGUCUCGCUGUACCUUAUUGUGCUGUUCUUUCUUCUCCUGAUACACCAGUGCCUGCAGGCACGUGAUUGUUGUCCUUCCUGUUUCGGUUGGCAGAAGGUGGGAGAACUGGGUUUGUGUGACAUGUGCAUUAGCUGCGCCCAAACGUGUGAUUGUAGGAUGCCCUCCCCCGCACAUGUCAUGGACUCUUGUUGCCCCUCCAAUCCAAGCUGUCCCAGCUGCAGCGGUCUCUCGUGCUGUCCGCUCUGUGACUUUGCAUGUACAUAUCAGCCUCCGGACUGCAAUCCCAUCAACUGCAUUUGUUGUGAGAUCAAACUCCGGUGACGAAGCAGCGGUUACCUCCCAGCAGCCAGACCUGUACAGCCUUCUCUAUGUGUCAAACAACUCUCUCCUCUCUCUAGCACUCUCAUUCAUUUCCUCUGUGUCAUCUCCAGCACCUACUGGUCGCUAGCGCUUACUUAAUGUAUAUUUAGGUGGGUUCCUUUACUGUGUGAGGAGGGACUCCAUCCUGAUGUCCGCAGUCAUUCUGGUCAGGUGCUGCAUCCGUUAUGGGCAUCCAGGAUCACUUAAAGGGUUUACUAUGUGUCUAGUACUAUCAAAGGGGUUAAAUAGAUAGUCAAAGUUACCCUCCUGGAAUAUGGCACAAAUUAAACAUACACAUACAUGCUUUUUUUAAUUUGCUCACCAGCUGUAUUCUUAUCGGGAGUAUCACAGGACAACAACUUUAACUAAGGGCUCGAUUUACCAAAGUCCUACGGCUGCAAGAGCUCACAAGAACUUGCUCGCCGUAAUUUAUCAAGCAGCGAUCACCAGACCGCCGCUUCCUUAACCUCUUUGCCACCUCUAAGGUGGGGAAAUUCAAUCUCCGCGGUCGAGUCCGA